CAGUGAACCUGAUAAGAACAAAAACAAAAUUCAAAUCAAUUGUUAAAUUUUCUGACAACUAGCCUUGAAUUAAAUGGUAAAUUAAACCAUAAAUAAAAAGAUUUAUUUUUAUUAUCUAUGAAUUGAACAUUCACUUCUCAUCACCAAAUAUUAACAAUCUAGAUUAUUGUAUAAUAUUGUGUGUAUUCUCUUUGAAAUUGUAGGUUAUGUUAUCAUCACAAACAAUGGUCAAUACUCAACAAUGAUAAUACAAAACAUAAACCAAAGCCGCUUUUGCAAGUCAUACGGUUAAAUAACUUUUCACAUUUUAUAUUUCCGUUUUAAGUUAAAUUAAUUUAGUAGUUUUUUGAUUUGGUUAAUCCAAUUAUUAAGUCUUUGAUCAGGUAAGAAUUAAUUAUACGUUUAUUUGUAUACAAAAAAUGUUUAAAUUGAACUUUACAGAUAUUUCUUGAAACAACAAUACAAAAUAAAUUUUAUGUAUUAUUAAAUUUUUAUUUUUGUUAUUUGUACACAACUACUAAAUUUUAUCUUUUAAACCAAUGUUUUAUUGUAAACUAAUAUUUUUUACAUUUUCUAUACUAUUUAAGAGUAUGAGUUAUAAAUUAUGGGGUGAAUAUGAAAUAUGCAAUUUUUACUAUGUAAAAUAGCUUUAGAGUUUCACAGAUAAUUGCAUUAAUUUUGUAGAAUUAAACAUUAUGGACAAUAUAGGAAAUAAAUUUCCAUAACUUUUGAAUUAUUUUAAUAUCUUUAUGUAAAUAUAAUAAAUUGCCUAAAUCGCUUAAAUAAUUUUAUAUGUUAUCAAAAACUUAAUUGCUCUAGGUAACUUACUAACAUUGUAUCUUCAUUUUUUUUUUUUCAAUAUGUGUGUUUUUUCUUGUACUUAAAGAACCUAAAAAAAUAAGAGUCUGAUGAACUUUAUUUAGAAGUUAUGGUGGAAAACUUCAUGAAGUUCUGAUUUUCCGUUUCGUGUAUUUCUUUGUGAGAAUUAAACUUUUUCAAUUUUCUUUUCUCCAAAAUGAGUGAUUUUUAUCGCCUAAUUCAUUGGUAUAAUUAAAACUUAACUAUAAUACUUAUUUUUACACUUAUUAUACAUAAAUCUUAAAACAUAUCAUUUUUGACAUUUUUCCAGAAUAAGUCUAUCUGGCUUAGAUUUAGAGUUACAAACGUUCAAACCCUAAUGGCCCCAUUACGUUUCUAGGUGCACUUAAAAUGUUUUUCACUUUUCUCUAAUACCCGACGUGGUUUUACACAACAAAUUUAAGGUUAUUUUUGAUUAAAACAGUUUGAGCGAGCGAGUAACCUCGCCAGGUCUCUAGGUGCAUUCAAAGUGCUAUUUUUUUAAGGUUUAUGUACAAUUACAUCAAAAGUAAGUAUGAUAGGUAAGUUUUUGAUUUUACCAAUGGAUUAAAAAUUAAAAAUCACACAUUUUGGAAAAAAAUAAAAUUUGAAAAUGUUAAAUUCCCACUAAGAAAUAUGCUAAAUGGAAAACCUGAAGUUUAUAAAGUUUCCCUCAUAACUUCAAAACAAAGUUCUUUUUUUAUUUUUGAUUCUUAAUGUACAGCCUAAAACACACGUUUUGGAAAAAAAAAAAAAUUGAAAAAUGAGCUUGUGUCAUACACUAGAUUUGUUCCAUUUUUUUAGUUUGACAAAAUUAUAUUUAUUAUUAUAUUAUCUUCUUUUCAAAUAACUUGAAGUAGCGCAUUGUAGUAAAUUGUUAGCUUUUUAUAACAUAAUUUGAUCUUUAAGUAGGUAAUAAUAAAAUAUUAAAGCUUUAGUACUAAAAUAAUUAAUAACAAUUUUUUAAGAGUCUUAAUGACAAAGACAUCACCUUAAUCUUCCAAAAAUUUCAGUGGCAAUUGUCUCUCAAAUAAACUGCCACACCAUUAAUAAUAAUUAAAAAUUAAUAUUUACUUAUGAUUACAGGAAUUAGUUCAACUUUAAAAUCAUGUUCUUAACACGUUCAGAAUACGACAGAGGAGUAAAUACAUUUUCCCCAGAAGGCAGACUGUUUCAGGUAUACACAAAAUAAUUAUGUUACUUAAUUACAUAAUUAUUUUUCAUGUUUACUAAUAAUAUAAUAUCUUAUUUAUUUAUUUAUUUAUUUAUUUAGGUGGAAUAUGCAAUCGAAGCCAUUAAAUUGGGUUCAACAGCUAUUGGUAUCUGUACAUCUGAAGGAGUCGUAUUAGGUGUAGAAAAACGAAUCACUUCGCCAUUAAUGAUUACGAGCAAGAUUGAAAAGAUUUUCGAAGUUGACAAGCACAUUGGUUUGUUAUAAAUAAUUUUAAUUAAAUUGCUACCCAACAUAAUCCAAAUAUCAGAUAAUAUUUUCUUUAUUUUCUGUAACUUUCAGGUUGUGCAGUUAGUGGAUUGAUUGCAGAUUCACGUACAAUGGUUGAAAGAGCCAGAGCUGAAUCACAAAACCAUUGGUUUACAUACAAUGAACAAAUGAGUGUUGAAUCUGUUGCACAAGCUGUAUCUAACUUAGCCAUACAAUUUAGUGGUGAUUAUGAUAGUAAAGAGCCUGCUAUGGUAAUUCAUAAAUAAAUGAACAAUAAUAGUAUCAUAUAAUCAUAUAGACUAGUAAAAUCAAUUGAUUCAAUACAUUUCCAGAGUCGUCCAUUUGGUGUUGCAAUUAUGUUUGCAGGCAUCGACAAAAAUGGUCCACAAUUAUUCCAUUUGGAUCCUUCAGGUACAUAUGUUCAGUAUAACGCUAAAGCCAUUGGAUCUGGUAGUGAAGGUGCACAGCAGACAUUGCAAGAAAAAUAUCACAAAGUAAUAAUUAGUAUUUUUCUUUCUAAAGUUAUAGUCAUACAUUAUUGCAUACCAUGUUGUAUAUUUUUAAUAUUAAUUCUCUUAGUCGAUGGGAUUAAACGAAGCUAUAAAUGUUAUUUUGAAUAUACUUAAACAAGUAAUGGAAGAUAAGCUGAGCCCUACCAACAUAGAAAUUGUUACUGUCACACCUGAUAAACUAUAUCAUAUGUUAGAUAAAAAUGAAAUUCAAGAGGUUUGUAUAUUAAAGUGACAUAAAUAAUGUUCCUUUAUUAUAUUUUUAUUAACUACAUAUAAAAUUAUUAUUUUAGGUUUUUGAUAAGCUUGUACCUUUCCCAGAUGAAACCAAGGCUAGUUCAUCAUCUGCUGUUUCUGGUUCCGUGGCUUGAAACCAUUUGGUUAUAACUUAAUAUACCUAAGUUUUACAAUUUGAUUGGUGUUUGUCACUUACGAAGAAGAAUUAUAUACUUGCUAUUUUUCAUGAAUUCAAUUUAUUUUUAAUUUUAUAAUAUCAUAUUAUUAAUAUUUCAUUGCAUAUUUUAUUGUUUUAUCAAAGUAUAGGUUGACAAGAUUAAAAACAAAUUCUUUAUUAAAAUCAAAAAUUAUCUGUAUAACAAAAUAAAAUAUCAAGCAUCUAAAUGUAAAUGCCAGAAAAACUAUAUAAUAAAUACUCUGUGUUACUAUACAAUGUACACACGUAAAUUGGUUUAUGACCUAAUCAUAUAACUACACAAUUCAUUAGCGUCAAACACUAUUUAUGUGGUGUACCUUAACAUUUUUAUAUUCUAUAAAGAUUUCCAAACUUCAUACUACUACCAAUUUUAGAUUUUUUUCAACUCUAUAUACUAAUAACACUUUUUUUUUUGUUUAUAUGUUCAUUAAUAAAAACAUACUGAUUUAAAGAAAAAAAAAAACAAUAUUUUAACUGUAAUAUCAUAUGAGGUAUAUUAAAAAAAUAACAAGACUCAAUAAAAGUGGUUUAUUUUUAAAAUCAGUUUUCUUCAAAAUACUGUUGCAUACGUGACUGCCAUUUUUAAAAAUUGCUGCCAAUCACUCUCAGUCAGCACUUAAUUUUUACAUUAUCAACUGUUUAAUAAGUGGUUUUUUCAAUGAAGUUUUUAUUUUUAAGAAGUUACCAAGAGGUAGGGUCUGGCAAGUAGAAGAAGUGUUGAAGUAUAGACUGUUAAAAGAUUGCUCAAUUGAAAUUGUACUGUGAGCUGGAGUAUUGUCUUGGUGAAGAACCCCAGGUCAUUCUUUCACACAUCUGGUCACUUCUUUCUAAUACGUUCACUAAAUUAAUUAAUACCUCUAAAGUAAUAUUGAUUGACUAUUCAACUUAAAUAGGUGUGUCAUAAUUUUAUUUCAAUAAUCACUAUGUAGAUAUGUUGAUUGUUUGAAUUUUAUUGAGAAAGUAUCAUUUACUUUUUGUAUUGCACCUAGUUUACUUAAUUAGCUCUUUAAAAUGAUAAAUAGGUGUGACUUGUCAAAUAAUAAUAAAAAAUACAUGAUUCUUUAUUUUAUAUUUAAUGAGAAAGGUUUUAUAGUUUAUAUUUUUCUUGACCAUUCAAUUGAUCUCCAUUUCAACAUUUGUUAAAGACUCAGAGAAUUUGACAAUUGCA